AUGCCUCCUCUCAAGCUUUAUGCCAGCGUUGUUGGCAAGUUUAUCGUAGAGCGGGAGCUUGGAGACAGUGUCCGAGACAAGGUUCGUGAAAGCACCAUCGAUGCUGCCAAUCAACGCUCUGGUCGCACCACCAUCCUCCUUGAAACCCCUCCCGAUGUUUCCAAUACCAAAAAGCGCAAGGACGCCCCUAUGUUUCGGAAACCCGUACGUGCAGCGGAUAAGCCAAAGACGAUACAACCCUCCACUAAUCGACCUUCACCCGCCCCUGUACAUGUUCCCAAGGAGGGUUCAUCCAAAUUACGGAAUCAUAUAAUCCAUUGGCUAGCGAUGGGUGAACGAACAGAGGACCAACUCGUAGGAUUGGUUGGUAAACCAUCUUUACGUGCUGCAGUCUGCAACAUUUUAGCUGAAGUAGCAGAGCCCUCUUCCACCCCCAAGAGUAGCCCUGAACAUUCUAUCAAGCUCUACCGUCUAAAGACGGCAUAUUGGACAGAAGUGCGACCGUAUGAGGCCUCGAUGUUAACAGAUACAGAAAGGACUAAUAUGGCCAGGGCUGCAAGGUUCGCCUUCAAGAGUCUUGGUAUCCCUGAGAGUGACCCCACUUGGAACCGUGUCCGCUAUCGAAGCACGGCAUCUAAUUUCACCACUAAUGUUCCCUCUACCUCAUCUUCUGGCUCAGCCACGGCAUCCAUGAGCGAGAAGCAGAACAAAACAGAUGGUCCGAAACGUGGAGCGUCCACUCGCGACGGCAAAGAGAAGAAGGCCAAACCCAAGUUAGACUCCGAGAUUAUGAUGAAAGACGAGAGCCUGAAGGCAUCAAAGAGUCAAUCGAAUGUCAAGGCGGGAGGGUCGACCCACCCAAGUAGUGGAAAAUCUUUGAUGACGAAUGAAGCACUCAUAGCUGCUUCGCGGAAGCUUCCUGGGUCUGGCUUCAAAUCAUCAACGGGGCCUUCCCUUCCCGCCAGCCCCAAACCCUCAAACCCUCGUCCAGCAGUUGGGGGUACUGCCACGAAAACAGCCGUAGAAGCUAAACCAGUAGUUGGCGUAUCAGCACAAAAGGUCAAGGCAAUUCGUGACGAGGCCAUAGCAUCCGACACCGAUCGGGAAAGACGACGCGAGCGAGGUUUGGAAAGAUCGAGGGUGCACCGAAAGGACGUGGAGGAAGGAGAGCAUUCAGAGGAUAGCAUUCCUCUCAAGCGCAAGAAAAUUAGCCGCGAUCACCAGGAACACGCAGGCGGGGCUCCUCAGAAAAGGCGUAAAACCGAAUCAGGCGCACUUCCCGCCGUCAGCAACGUCGACGGGAAGGAUGGUCACUCACGUCCUUCUAAUUUAGAAAAACCACGACAAAAGGUGACCCAGAAAGAGUCAUCUCCGUUACCCCCCUCAAUAUUAAAAAUGCGGAAAUACCCAUCGCCGUUGGCCCCCAAAGCAGCAAUACGCUCACCAGAAAAGGUACCUACGGCAUCAUCCUCUUCCAAACCUCAAGCUCCAGCAUAUACCGCCUCCUCGAAGCCGAGCAAGUCAAACACAGGUGCCAAACCCCGUCGACGGUCACCCAUCUACACAUCCUCUGAAGAUGAAGCAACCGAGUCUCGACCAAGCCGCAGUGCUGCGCCUCCGAAGCCAUUACCCACGUCGUCAUCAUCCAAUUCACAUUGUCACUCAUCCUCAGCACAUCAAGCUUCAUCCACUGCACAUUCUCGACCUCGAGCCGUCGCUCCACGACCGCUGCCUACUGAUCGUGCCUCUCUCCGGGCGAGGUACAAUGCUUCCUAUCUCGAAUACCUGGGGACGUUUCAGAAGUUGUACGCCCAGAAAGGAAAGAUCGAUAGCCUGCUCAAAAAUAACGAAUUAAGCACCGGGUCCAUCACAGAUUCGGAUGGAGAUGUUGAGUUGAUGGAUCAGGAAGAGCUCGCCAGUGUAGCAGCUGAGCACAAGAAGUUGCACGAUGAACUCGAGACCAUUCAACAUAUCUUCACUAAUCCUCAGAAGGGAUUCUCUAUCGAUUGAAAUACCUGGGUGGAUGGAAUGUGUAUAUUAUUUUUGUUGUCAAUCGCGUAUUAUUAUACAUAGACUGUCAGCCACUAAUCGUGUUACUAUUUACUCCAUUCUUCUUCGUGACCAUUAAAUAAAUUAGCUUCUUCCCCC